AUGUUGUCGAGGUUUCACCAUUAUCACGGGUCAAAUAUCAUUUUAUUUGAGGAUAAUACUGUUGCAUAUAGAAAAGCAAGCUUUGCCCAUGGAUUAACGUUUAGUGAAAAGCCCCUGCUGCCGGGGGAAAUAUUUUUGGUGGAAAUUGAGAAAACAGAACGAGGCUGGAGUGGUCAUAUGCGUCUUGGUUUGACACUGCUUGAUCCUCAGACGGCUGCGUUGGGUGAUAAAGGUUUGCCUCAGUACGCACUACCCGACCUGGCUAACACUGGUAUGUCAUGGAUAUUUCCUAUUUCAAAGUCUCAAAACAAUGUACUUGUGGAACUUGUGACUCAAUCGUCAAGUGGGCGGCGGGAGAAUGAACCGCGUGUAUCCGUGCUGGGUGAAGGUCACGUAGUGAAGACUCCUCGUGGAUACGUGUCGAAAAUGGCCCUUAGACCACAGACUCUUUCACACAAUGGCACUCCACAAGGCAUUUUACCUAUGGAUGCUGGUAGCCGCAUUGGUGUGAUGUUUGUCCCUUGCCCUAAAGUGAACAAGGAUGAACCAGAUCUAGCAGAAAUGCACUUUAUAAUCAAUGGUGAGGAUCAGGGGCCCUGCACUAAAGUUAUUCCAUACACAAGAGGGCCUUUACAUGCCGUUGUUGAUGUCUAUGGGACUACCAAACAAGUAAAAAUAGUCCAACUAUAUGGAGUGAAAACUCUGCAAAGCGUGUGCAGAGAUGCAAUAUUACAGUAUGUAAACAAUGGCUCGAUAAAGGCUUUGCCAUUGCCAUCAUGCUUAAAAGACUUUUUACUUUCGUAG